UUCCAAACAUAAGCAAGUAGCCGUUACGAUUCUCUUUCCACAAUCUCUCCCUCUUUCAAAAUCCUCAGAUCUGUGUUUCUUGAUCUCGCGAUUUCUAGGUCUAAAUUCUUUUACUUGAACGAACAACAAAAAGAUCUCUCAUGGCUUCUCCUCCAAUCCCAAACAGACCAAACCCUAAACCCAGAAACUCCGAGGCCGGUGAUCCUUUGCGCCGGAGUUUCGGAGGCAACCCAUUUCCGGUCAACUCUAAAGUCAACGUCCCCUCAGAUGUUUCGCGGAGGAACUCUUUUGGUGGCAGAGAAAACAGUCGGCUUGACUUUAGCGACAAAGAGAACGAGACCAAAGCUUUUCCUCCAACUACUCCAAAAGGUUCCAAGAACUUCAUGUCCCCAACAAUCUCAGCUGUUUCCAAAAUCAACCCAUCUCCAAGGAAGAGAGUGAUCUUGUCUGAUAAAAACCAAGUCUCUCGUUCGCUAUCUGAUGUUAAAGGCUUAACCUUUGAGGAGGAUACCAAAAGCCAUCAGUCAUGCGUUUCGUUUUCAGAUGAUGAAAAGAAGAAGCGGUUUGAGCGACCACAUGACAUGACUGUCACUGAUUUCGAUGAGAGUGAAGUUCUUGACGACAAGGGGAUUGUUUAUUCUGAUCCAAGGUUCAGGAUUAGCCCUCGCCCUUGUCUUCCCUACACAUCUCCUGAGUUUCCAGCUGCUCCAUCGUUGUUGCCUCCUUAUGAUCCCAAGAAGAACUAUCUGUCGCCAAGGCCUCAGUUCCUUCAUUAUAGGCCUAAUCCAAGAGUUGAGAAGCAUUUCGAUGAGUGUAAGCAGCUGGAGGAGCUUUUCAUCUCUGAAAGCUCUUCUUCCGACACUGAACUGUCUGCCGAGGAACAAGAGAAGGAUGUUUCUCAUGAAGGUGGAGACGAGGCAGUAGCAGGAGAAAAGACUGAAGAUGUGGAGCAAGUGGAAUCAGAGAGUGAUGAAGAAAUGGUCUGUGAGAGCAUUGAAGUGACGAGUCAAGUUCCAAAACAGUCAGGUUCCAGACCAUUCAGGUUCAUUGGUUGGUUUCUGGCUCUGUCUUUGGGGUAUCUGUUGGUUUCAGCGUCAUUUUCUGGACCCACCGGACUUUCAAUUCUUAUGGAAUCACCUUUACACGAGUUCCAUCUCCCAAACGGCAUCAAAGAGUUUGCAGAAGGUAACAAGUUGGAGGAGUUGAGUGAAAGGCUCUGGACUUUGACAGAAGCAUCGCUUGUGUACGUGAGUAAGAUGAUGUCACGGCUAGGAGGAGUAACCGAGGAAUAUGCUCCAUUGCAGUUUCAUAACUUGACGUAUAGUUUGGAAGAGAGUACUGUUUUCCAGCCAACAAGAGUUGAAAUCAAUGGAGAACCAUUACACGAGAAGGUCAGAGGUGAAGACAGUCUUGAGGAUGACUAUGAACAUGAAUUUGAGGAGGAGAGUGGCGAAGAGGAAAACUCAGAAAUAGAAGAUGGUAAAGUUGAUGAGGAGACUGAGAUGCCACCAGGCACAGACAUAGAGUUGAAGGAAGGUGAAAAGAAAUUGGAAGCUAUUGUGAUUGAAGAACCUGAGGUGAUUCUUGCUGAAGUAAACAAUGAUGCAGAAGGUCUUGAAUCUCAAGAAAAUCUUGAAACUGGAUCAAUCAAAAAGGACCAGGUUGAGAUAGAAGCUGAUACUGAAGCUAUCUACAUUGACCAGCAUGAUGUUGAAACCGCUGCCAUUAAAGCGCACCAGCAAAUAGACAGUGUGUUGGCUGAUGCUGAAAGUGGAGCAGAAGAAGGUUUCAGAGAUAUAACAGCUGAAACUAGUGAUGAUCUUCAUCCUGAAGUGGCUGGUGCUGAAAGUGAACCAGAAGAAACUGUUAGAGAAAUUGCAGCAGAAACUAGUGAAGAUGUGCAUCCUGAAGCAAGAUCAUUUAACAAGGCAAUGAUAGUAUUGUCCUCGACCGUGAUGGUUCUACUUGCAGCGGUUGCUUUCUUGUUCACUAAGAAGGCAAAGCAUGUGACUGUAUCUGCUUCUGAACCAGCACCUGAGCCAGUGGAGAAUCUGGUGAAAGAAAAGCUAUCUUCAUUGAAUAUCCAGGCAGAAGUAGAAGAAGAAGUUGAUGACAGAAUAAGUAACAGUGUCCAUAAAAAGAGCUCAUCCCUCAGCAACAACAAAGGACCUAAAGAACAGGAAAGCUUAGGAGGCAACAACAGCAAGCUGAGGAGAGAAUCAAUGGCAUCAUCAGCAUCAGAAUACUCCGUAGGCUCUUUCUCAUAUGGAAGUUUCACAACUUACGAGAAAAUACCCAUCAAAAGUGGAGAUGGAGAGGAAGAGAUGAUAACACCUGUGAGACGUUCAAGCCGAAUCAGGAAACACCUCCAACCUUCUUCUAUGCUAUGAGAAAGAGAUACGCAGGCUUGUCACUGCACUACUCUGCAAUCUUUAGUUUCACAUUGCACCACUCUGCAAUCUUUAGUUUCAUAUGAAUUUAGAAUUAGCUUUCUUAUGAGUGUUCUAAUCUCUUGGAUUGUAACUGAACUUGUUUGGAUAUGGAGUUUGUUUCCUUGUGUUGUCAAUCACAAUCGUUAUGUGUGGAAGUUGGAUGAGAGGCCUCUCAUCCUACACCCAUGAGGUUUUUAUCGUUUUGACCGAUCAUUUGUUCA